UCUUAUCUUAUCUUUGUAAAUCCUAUCUUAUCUCGAGUUAGGACUCCUAAGUAAGCGAUCGAGACAUCUAGGAUCGACUUUUUAUGUCUGUUACCUUAGCAACUGAUGAUGCGUUGUGUCUCGUGAAGUGUCGUUUGUUUUGACAAAGUAGGCUAACAACUAGCACUAGCGAAAGAAAAAAAUAAGGUAGAUAUGGAUAAUCCGAAAAGAAGAGCAUUAAAUUUUAAACACGACGAGGUGGAAGCCUUGGUAACUUUGGUAGAGGAGUCGAAGGACAUUUUAUUCGGCAAGUUCAGUGCCACACUUACGAAAGAAAUGAAAGACAAAGAGUGGCAAAGAAUUGCCAACACCGUCACGGCCGUGGCGGGCAUAUAUAGAGAUGUAGACUCGGUGAAAAAGAAAAUCACCACGCUCACCAGCCAGAUAAAAAUGAAGGCGGCGAUGGCCAAUAAAGAGCAACGCAAGACAGGAGGGGGAACGUCGUCUGCUCCUGUGCUGACACCAGCGGAGACGAGGGUGCUCGGCCUCGUAAAACCGGUCAGCUAUGAAGGCGUACACGGAGGCAGUGAGGUGGGGUUGCCGGUUCCAAAUGUGGACUUGGAAACCAUUGAGCUGCUGGAUUUUGGCAACACUGAAGUGGUUCUUCAGCUGGAAGCCCAACCACCACCAAGUAAGUAUGCCUAA